AGCCUCGAUGUGUCACUUCUUGGGAUACAUUAUCGCUCGUCUCCUUUGCUGUUCCCGAACCACAAUAAUGUCUGUGAACGACCGUUAGUCCGGCUAUCCUCGCUCAUUCACAGCUCUUUAACACAUCGCUCGCUCUGUGUAAAAUAAGGACGAGGAUGGUCUUUCCAGCGGGAAACAUGUCUCUCAUCGCGCUGCCUUUGGCGCUGCUCACCUUCGUCCUCUGCGUGGCUCCGGUCGGUGCGAACGAGGACUGUCUGUGGUACGUGGAUAAAAACGGCACCUGGCACAACGGCUUCGACUGCCCUCUCAUCACGUUCUGCUGCGGGAACUGUCACCGGCGCUACUGCUGCCUGGACGCCUUCAAGAUGAUCACCGAGAGGGAGCAGAAACGCUGCAUGCUCUUCCAGUUCAGCCCCACCACUUUGGCUGGCAUCGCCUCCUCCAUCCUCCUGUUUGUGGCGAUCAUUGCGACCAUGGUCUGCUGCUUCAUGUGCUCCUGCUGUUACCUCUACCAGAGAAGGCAGCAGAGGGGCCGGACACCGUAUGAUGUCCAGCAGAUCCCCAUGGCCAGUUACCCAGUGGAGCCCAUGUAUGACGCUUAUGGAAAACCACUGGGACCGUCUGAGUACCUGCAUGCGGGUUAUCCAUAUGCAGGUUAUCCAAUGGCGCCCCACUACCCUGGCAUGCCUCCCCACUACCCGAUGAUGCAGCCGGGACAUUACCCACCACACCUGAUGGAUCCCGUAUACAGCCAGGCCCCUCCACCUUACUCUCCACCUCAGUAUCCUGGCCAUUGAUGGGCUCGUCUACAUACACGCGCACACACACACACACACACACACACACACACGCACACACACACAGUGGGAAACAACAGCAGCUGAGAGAAAGGACUGUAUGAAAAGGUGAAGGCAGCGACACUCUCGCACUCAAACACGCACACACACUCAAAUAAACGCUGCAGCUCGACUAGCAGGAGGCACUUUAAGGUUGAUUUUUUUUCUAUGUCUAUUUACACGGUUGUCCUACUUUUCUGGCGUAUUUACGUAAGUCAAAUUCUGUUCCGCAAACUGACGCCCGAUGGCUCCCGGCGGGUUUUGUGCAGAGGCCGUCGCUCCAUCCCCAAAGUGAGGAAGUAUCUGUCUCGACUCUGUGCUGCCACUUGUGCCCUGACACACUCGCCUCAAUGACGGGGUCACUACCUAAGAGGGGUCAGAGGGCAUUGACACAAAAUGAUAAUGCAUUUAUUAAAGGGGGAAAUGCUUUACUUCCUCACUUUUGUUAAAUUUGAAUAAAUUGAGAACUGCCCAAGGCUACAUUCCAGGUCACACACUCUAGCUAGGAUUCCAUGAUGUCUUUAUUUUUGUAUUUAAUGUUUUUUUUCGUCAUGUGGUCGAGACUAAAGUGAAAAACCAACUGCAUGUUUAAAUAAGGUGACGUCUAUGUCUCAAAGGCAGUGCGGUACGGUGAUACAUUUGCAGAUGGCCUAAAGGAUUUAUGGUACUCCUAAUUUUGUGUAAGAAGCUUUUAGUCGUCCGUAAGUUUCAACUUUGUCUUUCCUUUUUUUUGUAUCUGGCGGGACUAAUUUAUUCAUGAGAGUUUAUUAGCUGCACCGUUCUAAUGUGUGGUCUAGACAUCAGCAUGCUACCCCAGUCCAAGGUAUCUGUCCUCAUGCUUCUUUUCUGGUUUUACAUGAAAUCUUUAGAUUAAUCACAUAAUGGCAGGUAUAGGACGUUUUCCAGUGAAAGUCAUGUUCAGUGUUUAUUUCUUGGAACAUAUCAGGUCAGGGGAGUUGCAGGUUGUGCUGUUGGGUUAAAACAAAGUGUCCCGCCUUACAAUAAUUCACCAUGAUGGAGAAAAGGAAAAGAGAUUAACUAUUUAAAUACUUGUUUUGUAAAUCUGUUCUUCAGCUGAAUAGUUUAUGAUAUUGUAACAAGUUAUUUUCAAAAUAAUGUAUUGUUAUUGUAACAUAAGAUAUGAUGUUUUAGCAUUUUUGUCAUCUUUCCAUUUGGUAUUUAUUAUUAUUAUUAUUAUUAUUAUUAUUAUUAUUAUUGAGGUUACCUUUUACUGUGAAUGGGUUCUCACCUUGUGGACUAGCUACAAAGCCAAAAAACACUACUGUUGAAAAAGUAGAUUUAUUCUUUAAAGUCAUCCUUUGACAUUUUGGGAAAUAUAUGUCCUAUCUUACUGAGAGUCACACGAGUAGAUCGAUACCAAUCUCAGAGACGUGAGUGUAUCAAUCUUCUCGUCUGACGUUGCUGGAAAAGAAAGCAGAGCGCUGUGUUUCCCAAAAUGUUCAACUGUUUCUUCAAAGUUACACUUACAGAUUUGGGCUCCGGUGAGGUCAGGGCCUGUAAGCUGUAAUUAUUCUGGCCCUGUGCCCUUUGUAAGACGUAUGAACUGUAAAACAUGACGUCUCAAGCAUGUUAUGAGCAGUUCGCUGUCUGACUACUAACAGGUGAUGAUUAUCUUUAUUCGGGUGUAAUGUAUCUCUACAUUAAUAACAAAACACUUGUCUUGCUGAUUGAUCAGAGAAGCCUGGGCUUUUCCUUGAGACUUACUGCUGUAUUUUGUCUCUAAAAUAAGAACUAUUACAGCGAGUUUACAGCAUAAAUUGUUUCCUCCGAUGGCGACGUCCAUUUGUACAGAUUUGUUGAGCCUUUGUAAAGCACACAGAGAACACUGGACUUUUCUUUGUGAGAUGCUUUCAUAUGUAGUUUGACGUAACAUUUGCUGAAUGAUGUUUCUGUUUAUUUGUUGUUCUAAACCAACUCCAUGAGUGUGUUUACUGGAACUGACAUCAGUUGGCAAAAUACCUGUCUGUUGUCAUAUGGAUGGUAUGACAUUGUAAUAUAAAGUGAGUGAAAAAGGGUUUUAUUUCUAUUAACAUAAAAUUUAACUUUGGAAUG